CAAUUCAUUUGCAAAUCAAUUAUCAGUGAAUAAUAAUAACAAUUAUAAUAAUCACCGAUAAAUCAAAUCAACCGUUUGUUUAGUACUGUCUCUCAAAGUGUUCAUCAGUUGAUAAUCAAAGAGCGGAUCAAUUGUUAAGUGAUGUCUAUAUUAGAGAAGUUAAGUGAACAGCAGUUGACUCGACAGCCGGAAGAGGUUUUCGACAUUUUGUGUAAAUUAGGCGAGGGCUCCUAUGGAUCCGUAUAUAAAGCGCUACACAAAGAGUCGGGUCAAGUGCUGGCCAUCAAACAGGUGCCCGUCGAGAGUGACUUAGGCGAAAUAAUCAAAGAGAUAUCAAUUAUGCAACAGUGCGACAGUCCAUACGUUGUCCGAUACUACGGAAGUUAUUUCAAAGGUUCCGACCUAUGGAUUGUGAUGGAGUACUGCGGCGGCGGUUCUGUCUCUGACAUUAUGCGGAUGCGGAAGAAGACACUCACCGAAGACGAGAUCUCAACCAUACUUAGGGACACACUAUUAGGCCUCGAAUACCUGCACCAGAGGAGGAAAAUACAUCGAGAUAUUAAAGCGGGAAAUAUAUUACUUAAUAGCGAAGGCCACGCAAAGCUAGCCGAUUUUGGAGUUGCGGGUCAGUUGACGGACACAAUGGCCAAACGAAAUACAGUGAUUGGAACGCCCUUUUGGAUGGCGCCCGAAGUCAUCCAAGAGAUCGGUUACGACUGUCUCGCAGACAUUUGGAGCUUAGGAAUUACAGCGUUAGAGAUGGCAGAGGGAAAGCCACCGUACGGUGACAUUCAUCCAAUGCGUGCCAUAUUUAUGAUACCGACGAAACCUCCGCCCUCUUUCCGCGAUCCCGACCGCUGGUCCUCUGAGUUCAUCGAUUUCGUACAGAAAUGUCUCGUUAAGAAUCCCGAGCAGAGGUCGACGGCCAGCCUUUUACUGCAGCAUGAGUUUAUACUGCGGGCGCAGCCCGUGUCCACACUCCUGCAGAUGAUACAGGAGGCGCGUAUGAUACUCGCCGAGACCAGCACCAGAGAU